AAUUUGAAACGUGGGAACAUUAUUAAAUAACAUGCCAAUAGCACAAACCAUCAUCAUAUACCAAUCCAUAUUCCAGGUUCCUUGAAUAAACCUAACAGUCAAAGAAGUGCCCAUCUCCCUAUAUUAUCACCUAAUAAACUUCCUGCUUUUGCCUCUAUCAAUCCAUCUUCUUCUUUGAAAAAAACCAUUUAGAAUCCAAUAUGCACCCAACAGUCCCAACACCAAACCUGCAGCUGCUUCCAAAGCUUCACCGAGGCAGGGAGAUUUCCGCGGUGACACGGGACAUGAAAGCCAGGGCUGAGGUUUAUUAUGGAGACGAGAGUUGUAGAGAAAAGUUUAUGUUGCUGCUGAGCGAAAUAGGUCUGCCAAAUGGUCUCUUAACAAUAGGAGAGAUAGAGGAAUGUGGGUAUGUUAAGGAUACUGGCUUUGUUUGGCUCAGGCACAAAAAGAAGAGAGAUUACUAUAAGUUUGAGAAUGUAGAAAUCUGUUAUGACACCGAAGUCACUGCAUAUUUUGAACGAAAGAAGAUCAAGAAUCUGACUGGUGUUAAAGCCAAGGAGUUCUUGAUUUGGAUUACCUUGAGCGAGAUUUAUGUCAAUGAUAACAACCGUGCUGCUUCGAUUACCUUCAAGACGCCAGCAGGUCUGUCCAAAUCGUUUCCGUUAUCAGUCUUCAAAUUUGAAGCUAUUGUGGCCCAAGGGGAGGUGAAGGAAGUUGAAGGAGGUGAAAUUAAUUAAUUGUAAAUAGAAAGGAAAAAUAUCAAUUAUUAGCUUCUGGGACUCUUAAUUUGAUUCUUAUUGUUUAAUGAACUAAUGAUAGUUCAGUGUGUAAUGUUUAAGAUUAAUGGUAUGCAAGCAUUAAAAUAA